GCAGCCAGCGCCCUCCCGGUGCCACCAUGAGCCGCCGUGACCGCGACCCCGGGAUGCCGCCGCUCACCGUGGCCCCGGAGCGGUUGGCGGCGGCGGCGGCAGCGCGGGGAGCGGAACGGGAGGAGCUGGCGGCGCUGAACGAUCGUUUCGCCGCUUUCCUGGAGCGGGUGCGGGCGCUGGAACGGCAGAACGGGACCCUCCGCGCCGCCCUGGGCCGCGCCACCGCCGCCACCGGGCCCCGCACCGGGCUGGUGCAGGGGGAGCUGCGGGGGCUGCGGGAGCGGCUGCAGCGCCUCGGCCGCGAGCGGGACCGGCUCCAGGCGGAGCGGGACGGGCUCGCCACAGACCUGGCGGCACUGAGGCAGCGGCUGGAGGACGAAACGCAGAAGCGUGAGGAUGCCGAGAAGAGCCUGGUGCUGUUCCGCAAGGACGUGGACCACGCCACGCUGUCCCGCCUGGAGCUGGAGCGCAAGGUGGAGCUGCUGAUGGACGAGAUCGGCUUCCUCAAGAAACUGCACGAGGAGGAGCUGCGGGACCUGGAGGUGAGCGGCCCGAGCCCGGCGGGGCUGCCCGAGGCGGAGGUGUGCAAGCCGGAGCUGACGGCAGCGCUGCGGGAGAUCCGCACCCAGUACGAGAGCAUCGCGGUCAAAAACCUGCAGGAAGCCGAGGAAUGGUACAAAUCAAAGUUUGCCGAUCUCUCGGAUGCAGCAAACCGCAACCACGAGGCGCUGCGGCUGGCCAAGCAGGAGAUGAACGAGUCCCGCCGGCAGAUCCAGAGCCUGACCUGCGAGGUGGACGGGCUGAAGGGCGUGAACGAGGCGCUGCAGCGGCAGAUGCGGGAGAUGGAGGAUGAGUUCGGCGAGGAGAUCGGGAACUACCAGGAUGUGGUGGGGAGGCUGGAGCAGGAGAUCCAGCAGAUGAAGGAGGAGAUGGCACGGCACCUGCGCGAGUACCAGGACCUGCUGAACGUCAAGAUGGCCCUGGACAUCGAGAUUGCCACGUACAGAAAGCUGCUGGAGGGCGAGGAGAGCCGGAUCACCAUCCCUCUGCACCCCACCACCUCCUUCAGCAUGAGGAGCUCAGUGCUGGAGCCUCAGCCUGCAGAGAGCCCGGCCCGGAGGAUGGUGCUCAUCAAAACCAUCGAGACACGGGAUGGGCAGCAAGUGGUGACGGAGUCGCACAAGGAGCGAGCGGGGAAGUGACAAAGAGGAGCGGCUGCGAUGGCCCCGAGCCCACGGGGGGGUUUUGCCAGACCCUGCUGCGUCCUGUGUGGGGCAGGAGCAGAGCAGGGGGGCUGGGAAUGCCCCAAUUGCUAUUCCUGCUGUCAGCACCACGGGACAACGCCGUGGUGUGUCCCUGUGCCUUCGCAGUGUGUCCCUGUGCCUUGUCCCCCCACUAUUUAUCGCUAUUUAUUGCCUAUUUAUUACUCUCCCAACCACAACCCCAGCUGUAUUUAAUAUCGAGUGUUCCCCACGCUGCCCUGGGGCCGAGACGGUCCCCGCUUCUCCUUCAUGCCACCACAGCUGGCACUGCUGUCCCCGGGGCUGGCAGGUCCGGUGACAUCCAAGCGCUGUCACUGUCACGGGGAGUGGGACAGAAAGGGAAGCAGCGCCCACCUGAGGGGGGAUCCUGUGUCCCCGGGGUCCCAUUCUGUCCCAGAGCCCCUCUUCAUGCCACGACUGCCACUUUGGGGGUCUCGCUUCCCCUCCCGUUGCUGCAACAAGCACCGCCUGCCCCGGGGUUGGUGGCUCUGGUGACAUUGAAGCGCUGUCCCCUCUGGUGUCACUGUCACGGGGAGUGGGACAGAAAGGAAGCAGCGCCCGGCUGAGGGGGGUCUGCGUCCCCAGGGCCCCUCUCCAUGCCACGAGUGCCAUUCUGGGGGUCUCACCUCCCCUCCUGUCACUGCAACAAGCACCGGCUGCCCCGGGGUUGGCGGCUCCGCUGUCUCCUGUGUUGUCACGGUCAUGGGGACAGAAAGGGACCCAGCGCCCGCCUGAGGGGGCAUCUGUCUCCCCGGGGUCCCUCUCCAUGCCACGACUGCCAUUCUGGGGGUCUCACCUCCCCUCCCGUUGCUGCAACAAGCACCGGUUACACCGGGCUUGGUGACAUUGAAGUGCUGUCCCCUGUGGUGUCACCGCCUCGUGGAAGGAGCCUCAAUCCCCUGAAACUCUGAAUCCUCGGGGGUCCCGCUCCUUCCCGGGACCCCGCGACUUCCAGAGGACCAAGGGACACGCCCGGUACCCGCUCCAGACCCACGGAGUCUCCGCCCGGUGCUCCCGGAGCAUCGCCGGACCGGGCCCGGGCACCGCCGCGCUCGUUCCCCACCGCGACCGCCAGAGGGCGCCACCGGCCCGGCCCCAUCGCUGCCGCGGGUUAAUUCCGCGUUAAUUGCGUGUUAAUUACGGGUUAAUUACAGCGUCACAAGGCUCUGGGUGCGCGGGGAAGCUCCCUGAUUUCUAUAAUUGCGUUAAGGGUUUUUUUUUUGCAUGAUUGAGUUCAAAGAAAUUAUGCAAAAUUGCGUUAAUGAAAGAUUUGCUUAUUCGCUUUGCUAUUUUAAGGAAAUUUUUGCACUAUUUCAUUAUUUUCAGCAUUUUUUGCACCACUGAUUGAAUUAUUUUAAGCAAAUUAUGCACAACUGCGUUAUUUAAACAAAUCUUGCACACAUAAUUGCCUUAUUUUCAGUCAAUGCUGCAUUAUUGCAUUUUAAGUAUUUUUUGCAUCGCCAAUUGUGUUAAGUACUUUUUUGCAUUAUUGUGUUAUAGCAAAUCAUACAAACUGCAUAAUUUCAUGAAAUUU